CUGAGUGCAGAGAAGAGAGAGAGAGAUGGCAGAGAACCAGAGCGACGUCAACGGGAGCCCGAAGACUUAUGAUGAACACGUUCCCGAGAUUAAGUUCACCAAGCUCUUCAUCAAUGGCGAGUUCGUCGAUUCUGUCAAAGGGAGGACGUUCGAGACGAUAGAUCCAAGAAAUGGAGAAGUCACAGCAAGAGUUGCUGAGGGAGACAAAGAGGACGUGGAUUUAGCUGUGAAAGCCGCCCGCCAAGCAUUUGAUCACGGCCCCUGGCCACGCAUGCCCGGCUACCAAAGGGGAAGGAUCAUGUCGAAAUUCGCGGACUUGAUCGAAGAGAACAUAGAUGAACUGGCCGCUCUGGACACUAUAGACGCCGGGAAGUUGUUCAGCAUGGGCAAGGCCGUGGACAUCCCUCACGCUGCCACAUGUCUAAGGUACUAUGCCGGCGCAGCGGACAAGAUCCAUGGUGAGGUGUUGAAGAUGUCGCGUGAGCUUCACGGGUACACGCUGCUGGAGCCGGUCGGCGUGGUCGGGCACAUUAUCCCUUGGAACUUCCCGACCACCAUGUUCUUUAUGAAGGUAGCCCCGGCAAUGGCCGCUGGUUGCACCAUGGUCGUGAAGCCUGCUGAGCAGACCCCUCUAUCGGCUCUCUUUUACGCUCAUCUGGCUAAGAAGGCCGGUGUUCCUGAUGGAGUGAUCAAUGUUGUAACCGGUUUUGGAUCAACGGCCGGUGCGGCGAUAACUAGUCAUAUGGACGUUGAUAUGGUUUGUUUUACGGGAUCUACAGAAGUGGGGCGCAUCGUGAUGCAGACCGCAGCCACAAGCAAUUUGAAACAAGUGUCCCUGGAAUUGGGUGGUAAAUCGCCUGUUAUGAUCUUUGAUGAUGCUGAUUUAGAUACUGCUACAGAUCUUGCUCUAAUGGGUAUUGUCCAUAACAAGGGAGAAGUAUGUGUUGCGGGCUCUCGCGUCUAUGUUCAGGAAGGGAUCUACGAAGAGUUUGAGAAGAAGCUGUUUACAAAGGCGAAGGCUUGGCCGGUUGGUGACCCGUUUGAUCCGAAGGUCCAACAAGGACCGCAGGUCGAUAAGAAACAAUUUGAGAAGAUACUUUCUUACAUUGAGCAUGGAAAGAGAGAAGGAGCCAUACUUUUGACUGGGGGCGAGCGUUUGGGCACCAAAGGAUACUAUAUUCAACCAACAAUCUUCACAAAUGUUAAGGAGGACAAUGUGAUCGUGAAGGAUGAGAUUUUUGGUCCCGUCAUGUCGCUCAUGAAAUUCAAGACUGUGGAGGAGGCAAUCAAGAGGGCUAAUGGUACGAGAUAUGGCCUAGCGGCAGGGAUUGUGACCAAGAACAUAGAUGUGGCGAACACGGUCUCGAGGUCAAUCCGAGCAGGCGUCAUCUGGAUAAACUGCUACUUUGCAUUCGACAACGAUUGUCCUUAUGGUGGCUACAAGACAAGCGGCUUUGGAAGAGAUUUUGGUUUGGAAGCCCUCCACAAAUACCUAAAUGUUAAAUCUGUUGUGACCCCUCUUUAUAACUCUCCUUGGCUUUAAGGAAUUUUCUAAGAAAAGAGCUUUGCAUCAAAUGGUGGCUCAAAUGAUGUGUAAUUCCAAAUUAUAAGGUAUAUUUACAAGAAACAGAAUGCAGGUUAUUUUGGCAUUCAGACAAUGUUAAACAAUUUCAUGCUACAAAACAUAGCUUUUGUGCGCAAUUUCUUUGC